AUGGUUCGCGUCGUGUGCUGCACAUGCACGCGUGCGUGCUGUGAUGUCCCCCUCCCUUUUCCCCUUCUCAACCAACCCCUCGAAUGGCCAACAGCUGCUAGUCUCCUCGUGGUGCAUGCCUGCAAAAAAAUGCCCUUCAAACGCUCUUCCCCCACUGCUCAAAGCACCACUUCACAUGCUGUCCCCUCCUCCUUUUCAACCCCCAACCCCAACAGGUGCUCGACGCCUCGUGGUACAUGCCUGCAAGGAAAUGCCGCCUCCUUCAAUGCUCCAUCCCCACGUCUCAACCCUCCCCUCCUCUUUACCCACCCCACGCCCUCUUCCCCACUCUUAACCCCAGCAGGUCCUGGACGCCUCGUGGUCCUGGACGCCUCGUGGUACAUGCCUGCAGAGAAACGCCAGCCGUUUGAGGAGUUUCAGCAUGGGAGGAUCCCAGGAGCAAUCUUCUUUGAUAUUGACGCCAUUGCUGACCCCACCACAGAUCUUCCCCACAUGCUGCCGACAGAGGCCGCCUUUUCUGCAGCUGCGUCAGCUUUGGGUUUGUCAUCUAGUGACAGCAUAGUGGUGUACGAUGGCAAGGGACUCUUCAGCGCCGCCAGAGCGUGGUGGAUGUUCCGUGCAUUCGGACAGCCACACGUGGCAGUGCUGGACGGCGGGCUGCCAGCCUGGCGGGCGGCAGGUUACCCAGUGGAGGCAGAGCCGUCGGACAAGGCGGCCGGGCGGCACAAGGCGGCUGCUACUGCCAUCAAGGACAGUUACUCUACAAAGGCCGCAUCCAACCGCCUGCUCACCUUCAAUGCCAAGCUGCAGCCCAACCUCAUCCUGUCCGUUGAUCAGGUGAAGGCGAAUAUCGAGAAUAAGGUGUAUCAAGUGAGCGAUGCCCGCUCUGCUGGCCGGUUCAAGGGUAUAGACCCUGAGCCAAGGGCAGGAGUACGAGGAGGAAGCAUCCCAGGAAGCUUCAAUGUCCCCUUUCCCGAGGUGUUGACCCCUCAGGGACAGUUGAAGCCUGCCUCAGACCUCACCCAAGCCUUCAAGAGCGCAGGGGUGAGCGUUGAGGACCCCAAGCAGCCUCUCGCUGCCUCCUGUGGUACAGGAGUCACUGCAUGUGUGCUCGCUCUGGCUCUGGCUCGCCUGGGGCGGUGGGACGUGCCCGUGUACGAUGGCUCGUGGACUGAAUGGGGUAGCCUGCAGGACACUCCAGUUGUCAAGGCGGAGUGA